ACACACCCCCAGGCGCCUGCGCAGCCGGUGAAGUCCUUGAUCCAGGGGAGUCCGGGCUGGGAGGAGAGUGUCAGUAACUACGGGAGGAAAAUGCAGAGCUGGAGCCGCGUGUGUGCCUGUACUUUGGGCAAGAAGGCUCAAAUCAGUCAUCUCACCCCUGGACUGAAAAGAAUCUGUGCUGUGCCACUCCGUACCUAUGCAGACCAAGCCUUGGAUGCUGAUGUCACGGUCAUAGGCUCUGGUCCUGGAGGUUAUGUUGCUGCUAUCAAAGCUGCCCAGCUGGGCUUUCAGACUGUUUGUGUGGAAAAAAAUGAUACUCUUGGUGGAACCUGUUUAAAUGUUGGCUGCAUCCCCUCUAAGGCUUUGCUGAACAACUCUCAUCUGUACCAUUUAGCUCAUGGAAAAGAUUUUGCAAGCCGAGGAAUUGAAGUGACUGGCAUUCGCUUAAAUCUAGAGAAGAUGAUGGAGCAAAAGAGCGGUGCUGUGAAAUCUCUUACAACUGGCAUUGCUCACCUGUUUAAACAGAACAAGGUUGUGCAUGUCCAAGGCUUUGGAAAGAUCACAGGGAAAAACCAAGUAACAGCAACAAAAGCAGAUGGAAGCACACAGGUCAUCAACUCUAAGAAUAUCCUCAUAGCCACUGGUUCUGAGGUUGCCCCUUUCCCAGGAAUUGAGAUAGAUGAAGACACGGUCGUUUCAUCCACCGGUGCAUUAUCUCUGAAGAAAGUGCCUGAAACGAUGGUGGUUAUUGGUGCUGGUGUAAUUGGUGUUGAACUGGGAUCUGUGUGGCAGCGGUUGGGAGCAGAUGUUACAGCAGUUGAAUUCUUGGGCCAUGUUGGUGGGAUGGGCAUUGAUAUGGAAAUAUCAAAAAAUUUCCAACGCAUUCUUCAGAAACAGGGUCUGAAGUUCAAACUGAACACAAAGGUCACUGGUGCAGCCAAGAGGCCAGAUGGCAAGAUUGAUGUUUCUAUUGAAGCAGCAGCUGGUGGCAAGGCAGAAGUAAUUACAUGUGAUGUUCUACUUGUAUGUAUUGGCCGUCGUCCCUUUUCCCAAAACCUGGGACUGCAAGAAUUUGGAAUUGAGCUGGACAACAGGGGCAGAAUACCAAUCAACAGCAGGUUUCAGACAAAGAUCCCAAACAUUUAUGCCAUUGGUGACGUAGUGGCUGGGCCAAUGUUGGCACACAAAGCAGAAGAUGAAGGUAUAAUUUGUGUGGAGGGAAUGGCUGGUGGAGCUGUCCACAUUGACUACAACUGUGUGCCAUCUGUGAUCUACACUCACCCUGAAGUGGCCUGGGUGGGCAAAUCAGAAGAACAACUAAAAGAGGAGGGUGUGGAGUAUAAAAUUGGGAAGUUCCCAUUUGCUGCCAACAGCAGAGCUAAGACAAAUGCAGACACAGAUGGCUUGGUGAAAAUUCUGAGUCACAAGUCUACUGACAGAAUGCUUGGAGCUCAUAUCCUGGGAGCAGGUGCUGGAGAGAUGAUUAAUGAAGCUGCUCUUGCCAUGGAAUAUGGAGCAUCAUGUGAGGAUGUAGCCAGAGUAUGCCAUGCCCACCCUACUGUAUCAGAAGCCUUCAGGGAAGCAAACUUGGCUGCAUCAUUUGGAAAAGCCAUUAAUUUUUAA